CGAAAAAUUAAAGAACAUAAAGUUUGUUAUUUCGACGUAAGACAUUUCGUCAUAGUCGAAAUUACGUAAUUGACGCUGGCGUCAUAACGUCGCGGUUAACAGGGACAACGACGUCAAUACACGAAACAUGAACGCAGCUGUUAGCACGGACAUCUUUCUAGAUAUGAUCAAGCUAAAUUCAAAGAAAAGAAAACGUACAUCUAGCUGUGAAGCAGACGGCCUUCCUACUGCAAAGCGUCCACGGAUGAUGUCCUGGGCAUCAAAAAGACUCGAGCAAAAGUCUUGGGAAUGGCGCGAAAGAAGAAGGAAAAUUGCUUUAGGUAUAGUACUUUACUGGGAAGCUCAGAUGCGAGAUAUCGGCAGAAUGGCACGCAAGAGAGCAGGCAGUGAGAUGUAUGCCGACUAUGUAGGCAUGGGGAAAUCUAAAUACAUGAAGCUGCUUCAAGAAAUACCAUCACAGCCAUCAUCAUCACCAGUCUCGUCAGCAACAAUACAAGCAGUUCUAAAAGCAACAGAAACAAAAGCAAGAGUACAAGAAGCUGGCAUAAAAGAAGUAUCACCCCCUGAACAGAAACGAAGAUUGAUUAAAAGGUUGUCGGACAAUGGUGAAGCAGAGGAAGCUCCACAGGACAAGGUCACUCCUGCUCCUCGCAGAAACGGAUGGCGUAGAAAAGGAGAGAAGAGAAGCUGACUUGUUUUUACUAAGAAUCUGUGUUGUUGUUUUUUUUUAAUUUUGAGGUUGCCAAGU